AUGUAUGAAAGGAAGGUUGGGCAUUCUAUUAAUCCGGAAUUUGUGAAAGAGGUAGAUGAAUUCCUUAAAUACGUGGAAGAUCAUCCCGAGAGUAGCAACCCGAAUGAAGUUAGGUGUCCAUGUUUUAAAUGUAAGAACAAACGGCUUUGGGAUGCGGAAACUAUUAAAAUUCAUUUGUACCGCAAGGGUUUCAUACCUAAUUACUAUGAGUGGAGGUGUCAUGAGGAAGGCUUUCCGGGAGCUCCUGAAGGACCGUCAAAUGAAUAUCGUGAAAUGGUUUUCGAUGCUUUUGGUCAUAAUGAAGAUCAAGGGCAUUCAGAAGAGGCAGAGGAGGAGCCUAAUGCACAAGCUAAGCAUUUCCUAGAUUUGUUAAAGGCUUCUGAAAGACCAUUAUACGAAGGAAGUUUAUUGUCUGUGUUAGAGAUGGCUGCCCGAAUUACUAGUCUUAAGUGUGAGUAUAAUUUGCCCCAUAGAUGUGUUGAUGGGUUUUCUUCUUUGGUCAAUGAGGCGAUUCCUAACAAUAAUAAUAUGGCCGACACAUUCUAUGAGGUGAAGAAGAUUGUGAAGGGGUUGGAGUUGCCUCAUGAAAAGAUUCAUGCAUGCCCGAAAGGAUGUAUGUUGUUUUGGAAGGAUGAUGUUCAGCUAUCUACAUGUAGGGUGUGUGGUAGCGACCGAUACAUAAAUACUUCUAAAGGUAGCUUAGUGCCUUUGAAUGUUUUAAUUUAUUUUCCGAUCACACCGAGAUUGCAAAGGCUCUAUGCAACCAAGAACAUAUCGGAAGAAAUGACAUGGCAUUCGAAAAAUCCUCGAGUUCAUGGCACAAUGGCGCACCCUAGUGAUAGUGAAGCUUGGAAACACGUCAAUAGAUGCUUUCCAGAAUUUUCCAAUAAGCCUCGUAAUGUUCGACUUGGCUUGUGUACAGAUGGUUUUGCUCCUCAUGCGGGUAAGAAGGCUUGUCCUUAUUGUAUGGAUAAAAGCAAAGCAUUUUGGCUUGAACACGGUGGCAAAGUUUCUUGGUUUGAUUGCCAUCGCCAAUUCCUUCCAACAGAUCACCCUUUUCGAAAUAGUAAAACUGCAUUUUGUAAAAACAAAGUCGAAAAAGGUUCACCGCCACACAUCAUGUCAGGUGAGGAAUUGUGGGAAUGUGUGAGACACCUUCCAAAGGCAACGAUGGGCCAGAGGCAUUGA